GUUAUUGUAGGAAGCACUGGCAAUAAUGCCCAUGGGAAGCCCUCUCACCUCUAGUAUCUCCUCUAGUAUUACCUCCAGCUUGGCUGCUACACCACCCAGUCCAGCAGCAGCAAGUGGUGUCCCCGGAAUGAAUGCCAAUGCUCUUCCCUUCUACCCAACUAGUGACACUGUGGAGUCUGUUAUAGGUAAGGUGAAACCGUCCCUUUCAGAACUGUGAUAAGCAGUGCCAUAAAGUUGUAGAUUGCAGUGUUAAUAUACUUUCAUAAUUCUGUUAUAAAAAUAAAAGCACACAAUGAGUACUACUACUAACUGAAAAGAUGAGCCUAAAUCCUUGAAGAUGAAAGAUCUCUUUAACUCCUUAAGGACUGAGGCAGUUGUGCAAGUUGUGAUCAAAACAAAACCUUGACUGUCUGAGGCGUAAUUCACCUCUUUCGUAUUGUGUGCAUCCACACGUAUCAUAUAAUUUUGUUCAAGAGAAACAGGGCUUUCAUGUCACAUCAAAUAUUUGUAUUUAAAACAUAGUUUAAUAUUCCUUUCCCCUUUCCCCUUUCCCCUUUCCCCUUUCCCUUCUUCCCUUCUUCCCUUCUUCCCUUCUUCCCUUCUCUCCCUUCUCUCCCUUCUCUCCCUUCUCUCCCUUCUCUCCCUUCUCUCCCUUCCCUCCCUUCCCUCCCUUCCCUCCCUUCCCUCCCUUCCCUCCCUUUCUUUCUUCCCUUUCCUUUCCUUUCUUUCUUCCCUUUCCUUUCCUUUCUUUCUUCCCUUUCCUUUCCUUUCUUCCCUCUUCCCUUUUCUUUCUUCCCUUUCCUUUCCUUUCUUUCUUCCCUUUCCUUUCCUUUCUUUCUUCCCUUUCCUUUCCUUUCUUUCUUCCCUUUCCUUUCCUUUCUUUCUUCCCUUUCCUUUCCUUUCUUUCUUCCCUUUCCUUUCCUUUCUUUCUUCCCUUCCCUUCCCUUUCUUUCUUCCCUUCCUUUCCCUUCUUUCCCAGUGUUUGUGACUGAGUGGUUACUAAAAAAGACUGGACAUACCCCAUUUGCAAUACCUUGGGUUGUCUUCUUUUGCAAAUGGUAUGCCAUCAUGAGGGUAAUUCUCAUUCCUGGGCUGCCAUACAAUCUUAAAGGCAAUAUGUCAAAUUUCAAUGUGGGGGAAAAAGGAAAUUCAAGCCGGUUUGACUCUGUAACUUUUGAAAACACCAUAAAACCUGUACAUGGUGGGUACUGUUAUACUUGGGAGACUUCGCUGACCACAAAUAUUGGCAUUUCUAAAUAGUAAAAUGUAUCAUAACAAUUAUAUCAGUGAAAGUACAGAUUGUGUGUGAAAAAUGCAAAAAACUACAUUUUUGCUGCUGAUAUCGUUGAUGUUUUACUGUUUUUAAACACUAGUAUUUUUGUACAGCAAAAUCUCCCGAGUAAAACCGUACCUCCCAUGUACAGGUUUUGUGGUGGUCUGAAAAGUUACAGGGUUAAAUAUAGGGCUUGCGAGCCAAAUUUUGUCAGGCAGGUCCCUCGAAUUGUAGUUAAUAGAAUGACUUAAUUAUGUAAAAAUUAUAUAAAUAUAUUUUGUAGAAUUUAAGUGUGUGUGUGUGUGUGUGUGUGUGUGUGUAUAUGUAUGCAUGUAUAUAUGUGUAUAUAUUCUUUCUCAUGGCCGCAGGGGACGGGCAGAAGGAUUGAGACUGCUGACAUGGGAUCGGCGGGGACGUUCUAUGCCAGCGUUUUAGGCCCGCCUAAAAAAGGACGGCAAAGAAUGCUCGCCGUCCUUAAGGGUUUAAUGCUUGUGCUUACCAAGAAAGUAUUGUUCUUCUAGAAUACACACUGAAUAAAACUGAUCCUUUUCUUUUCCCUUACUCAGAAUCUGCUCUGGAUGAUUUGGAUCUAAAUGAAUUUGGAGUAGCUGCUCUAGAAAAAUCAUUUGACAAUAGCACUAUCCCUGCCUCUGGAGGAAUCAUGAUUGGUAAUUAGGAACACUUGUGUGAAAUGAAAACACCAGAUUUUUUUUUUAACUUGGUGUUUUGUGUGCUUCCCAUCUCCAUAUAAUAGUGUAACUGGGGAAAAUAGUAAAUUAAGUAAGCUCAAUUUUCUACCCAUCUCUGUUGCUUGCAAAGGAGGGCCAACUACCCCUCUCCCAUCAGCUUGAAGCAAUAUUCCGCUCUAUAUCGAAAAGGGAAAAAAUAGUACCUGAUGUUUCCCGAGAUUAGUUAUUGAUCACGUUUAUAUUAAUCAAUCUAAAUGUAUAUUUCCUACGAUAAAACAUUUUUAAAACACACAUAUUCCAAUCUAUAGACCUAGAAUGCUAUAGUCUUUUCACAGCUGGAUAAAGAAAAACAUUUUCAUUGCUACUGAGAGGUAGAUAUCCUUUCUAGAUAGAUAUCCUUUCAGUAGCAAUGUAUGUACUAAUGCCAUCAAUACUUUAUUUAUUUAUUUAUUUAUUUAUUUAUUUUGUGAAAAUUUAUUUUUCUAGCCUCUUUUUAAGGAAAACUGUUCCAUUCUCUUUAGCAAUAUAUUACAAUAAAAUCUGUUCAAUGUAUGAUUAAACCUUACUGGCACUUGUGACUUCUUCUUAAGCCUGCCUAAUAUAAUUUAUGUGUUUACAAAUUCUGUAUGGCAGUUGGCUUGAAGCCUUUCCCUUGCUGCUCAGAUUUCUAAUAAGGAAGUUCCAUUUCUGUAUUGGCAAUCUAUUUCAUCCAUAUUUAGAUGUAAUUUAAUAGGCUGCGUAUGUCUUGUGGACACCACAACUGAUUUAAAUUGAGCAUUCGACACCACACUCUUUGGAAGUGUCACUUCUCUUACAGUUCCUCAUUCUGUCACUUCAGUAACUGCUAUUACAGUUCAGGGAAACUAAGGAGAAAAAACACAAAACCAAAAUACUCACUCUGCAGCACCAAGGCGGCUUUCUCUUCCCACUCCAAUUGAGCUUGGACUUCUGCAGAGAAAUGUCCUCCACAUAAUGCUCUCUCAUUUUCAGCACAGAUGCUAUUGCAUGAUGUGCUGUGCAUGUGGAAGAACAAUCUGGAAUACAAUACAGAAAUAUAAAUUGGAAUAGAAAAAUGGUACACCAUUAAAAAUAAAUAGAAUUAUGACUCACUGAUAACUUUUAGUUAGCGAUUAGCUUGUCCAAAAACUCAGAUGUAACUGGCUUUGCAUUUUGUCCUGUCAGUCAUUCACUUUUUUUUUUUUUUUUUUUUAAUAAACGGUUUCAUUUUAAGUGGCAAAAGUGUAUCAAUUUGUUCUUUCUCCAACAUAAUCUUACAAAAUUGCCUAAUUUUUUACUUUGUGUUUUAUUAUAGGUGGCAGCCUAAUGCAAAGCUCAGCUCCUGUGAAUAUUCCUGGGUCCUUAGGAAGCUCUUCAUCUUUCCACUCCACGUCACCAUCACCACCUGUCAGCCUCUCUUCACACUUCCUCCACCAAUCUGCUGGCGCACAUAGCCAAUCAGACAAUGCCUUUCUUAGAACGUCUGCUUCUCAUGGGUCCUUAGGUGAGUAAAUUCAAACCAAGCAAGAUUUCUCUCCUUUUUAGUUUUAUCUAUGUAUCACUUGCAAAUGCAAGCUAGUCUUUUCCCCUCCAUCUUCACUGUUGUCAAGGGACUUCCCACAUGUCCAAUUUUGUAUACUUUUCUUUAACAGCUAUUGGUUUUUGUUUAUUGGCGGAAUGCUCUCCUCCGGUAUUAGUCUCCUCUUACUUUACCAAGACUAAACUCUCUACCGUUCAAUGGUGCUAUCUCAGGAUACUCCAUCCUGGCUCUGUUAUUUAAAGGAACACUAUAGUCUUCUAAAUUACUUUAGCUAAAUAAAGCAGUUUUAGUGUAUAGAUCAUUCCCCUGCAAUUUCACUGUUCAAUUCACUGUCAUUUAGGAGUUAAAUCACUUUGUUUCUGUUAAUGCAGACCUAGCCAUACCUCCCCUGGCUAUGAUUGACAGCCUGCAUGAAAAAAAAACUGGUUUCACUUUCAAACAGAUGUAAUUUACCUUAAAUAAUUGUAUCUCAAUCUCUAAAUUGAACUUUACUCACAUACAGGAGGCUCUUGCAGGGUCUAGCAAGCUAUUAACAUAGCAGGGGAUAAGAAAAUCUUAAUUAAACAGAACUUGCAAUAAAGAAAGCCUAAAUAGGGCUCUCUUUACAGGAAGUGUUUAUGGAAGGCUGUGCAAGUCACAUGCAGGGAGGUGUGACUAGGGUUCCUAAACAAAGAGAUUUAACUCCUAAAUGGCAGAGGAUUGAGCAGUGAGGCUGCAGGGGCCAAAACUGCUUCAUUAAGCUAAAGUUGUUCAGGUGACUAUAGUGUCCCUUUAAUUUAUAUGAUUUGCAAUCUUUUCAGUUAUUGAUCUUGCUUAAUUUUCUAUAAUAAAUAUUGUUGAUGAAUAAAGAGUAUUAAAAGAACAUGCACGCUAGGACUGCUAAUAAUGUGGUUUACCUGGCACAGCAACACAUGUUAAUUUCUGUCCAGAAGACGUUGCAUGGGAUAAUAAGUCUUCUAAUAUGUGUAUCUAUCUGUAUGUUAUGCUUCACAGGUCCUGAUAAUUUUUAUUUAUUAUAACUUAAUUUUAUCAUUUUAUUUUUAAAUAUAGAGGAACUAUCCCUUCAACAAUUUCAGCAUCGCUUAAAUGUUCGCUAUAGGUUGUGGUAAAAUUAUUUGAAAAUAAAACAAACUAUAAAGAAUUUUAGCUUAAGUGCUUUACUAGGCAAAGCUGGUAAAUUUAGUUAACGCUUGCAAUGCUGUACCUACGAGGCACAGAUAUGUGUAGCACAUGUUCGCAUACAGCAUUUAUGAUAGAUGCCUGGGGCACCAUGUGGCAGUGAUCAAUAAGAAUUGUGAAAGACCGUUUCUGAGAUUUUAAUCUGUGUAAAAGGAAUUGACUCUCCGCUCUCCUAUUUUUAACUCUUAUUGAUAAUACUGUCAAAUAUUUGAUGAAUUUUGUGCUUGAUAAUGUCUGUGCAUGCUUGGAGUUACCCCUGUUCUUGCCAAACAACUCCAAAAUGGUUUGACAGAAAGUUGGGGGUGACACUCCUCAGCACCAUAACUACUACAGCUCCUUGUAGUGACUAUGGUGGUAGAACACCCCUUUAAGGUGGAUGGGGGUAACUUCUAUGAAAUAUUUCAGUACAUCGGUUUCUAACUUCUUGGUAGAAAAGUUCUAUGGUGAAAAUACGUUUUGAUGUUUCUAUACAAGAACUGUUGGUAUUUCAGCGUGUGAAACUGAAGCAAGUAAUCUCCAAGAUUGUGAAAUCGUGAAACAUUUAGAGCAGAAAAUGGAGAACAAAUGGAUCAAGCACAUAGCCAAUUUUCCAGAUUGCCAUCCCGUUAACAGCAUAAUAGUCACGGCAAUGUUAACUUUGAAAGUGGAAGUGAAAAGUUUGAUGCUCUAAAUCAAAUGAUUCCCCACAAAGAGAGGGGUUAAAGUCCUAUGUUUGUUAAUAGUGUAGGGAUAUUUAAGAGGUUUCCUGUGAUCUGCAAAAUAAAAAGCAUCAAGACUACAAGCAAAUUGUAAAGCAGAAUAAUAAAGGAGGAGGCCACAUAUAAAUAUUUAAGCUGGUGGUCCAGCUGAAGCUGCUUAAAGAAUACUUUUUUUUGGCUCACGUUUACUCCAGCUGACUAAAAUGAUGACACACGGAUUAAGCACCUGUGCUCCUUUCAAACUUCAGGUAAGAACAGUAUUACAAAAGCUAUUUCUUAUGCCCCCCUCACCCCCACAUUAAUUAUGAACGUUUAAACAUUUUACAAUAUCUAUUACCCCUGUGUUUUUUUGCACACCCACAAACAUUUGUUAAUCUUCCCCUUAAAUCCUAACUAAUUAUUUUUAUUUUACUUUAACAUACCCUGGUAGAGACCAUCAAGACUUCUAGCUGAAGCACAGUCUUGAUGACAGUCAGUAUGUUCAAUAUAUGUGUUCAGUGAAACUUCACUGGCCAUAUAUAUAUUUUUUUGUUUUUAUUUUUUUACUUGGCUAACUCAAUAGUAUGGAACUGCACUCAAUCCUUGUUUAGUCUGAAUCUGGGUGCAAUCAAACCAGGUCUCGGUACCAGGGAACCAGAUGCUUCAUAUAGAGAAUGUAGAAAGGUCCAGGCACUCAAGGAUAAAAAAAAUAAUUAUUAAACCCUCAGCCAAAUCACAGCGUUUCGACCUACAUGGUCUUUAUCAAGCUUUAUGUAUAUAUUUUUUUAAACAGAAUAUCUAGAAUCCGUUCUCCGUAUCUUGUGCUCCAUCCCCAAGAAUAUUAUUUCUAUUACAGGAGAUCAAACAAAGGCUGAAAGCAGGCAACUGAAUAAAGUUGAUCUUACUUUGCCAGGAUCAAAAUCUUCUGGGAACUCCCCUCUGCCAGGAUCAAAACGUUCUGCGAGCGGUCCUCUUGGCUGGUUCAGCAUCAUUGGAGUUGUUGCCACUGCAGUUGGCAUGCUCAAGGUUGCCUUAUGAUGUAGUAUACAAAGAAUAGUUUUAGCAUCAUGCAAACAGUUUUUUUUUUUUUUUUUUUGGCAUGGGUUUCAGCCACCUCCAUCAUACACAUCUGGUUUUAUUUUAUUCUUUUUAUAUACAGUGGAACCUCGGAAGUCGGAAUAAAAUAUUGCGUAAAAAAUGUCUCGGUACGCGAACUAUCCUCGGUACCUGAACACAUCGUGCGGCAUUCAGAGAGGGACACAAGUGUGAGAUGAGAAAAUAUGGGUAGAUGGACUAUGUAAAGGGAAUAUAGGGAGCGGAAAACCAGAAGGCAGAGGGACACAAGUAAAGGGUGAAUGGAUAUAAUUAUUAUGCAAAGAAAAAGAGAAGGAUACCAUAGGACAAAGGGAUACAUAAGGCUACGAGCAGAUAUUUUGAACCUGAUACAGCCAUUUUAUGUUUUUGUAUGUAAUGCCAGAAUAAGUUGCCUAUCCCCAUCCAUGUAAUUUUGGGGAUCUGGAACGGAUUAAACAAAUUCCCAUUAAUUCCUAUGGGAAAUGUUGAUUUUGGUUCUCGAACAAAUCGGAACUCUGUCUUCUGCAACGGAUUACGUUCGAGUUCCGAGGUUCCACUGUAUUUAAAUGUGUAUGUUGAGAGGUUUCAUUCCUUAGUGACAAUUGUAGAGCUUUGGGGACAUCAAUGCCUACACCCCAGUAUUGAUCGAUGAUCCUACCGCAUGUGCCUUUUUAACGCAUGAUCAAGAUUAGGCAUAUGAAUGUCCAUGUGUGUAGAAGUGGGAAAAAAAUAAUAAAAGAUUCAUAAGAGCCGUAUGUUUGUUUUUAUUCCAGUGAAUCCUCUUAAACAUCAAGCUUUUGUUUCAGCUUGGAAGAUGUGUACCAUUCAAAGAACAGUUUGUUUGUUUGCCCCAAUCCUAUGUCAAAUAAAACUUCACGGCAGAAAUGGCUGCUUGUACUACACUAAAGGUUUCGUAUAUCACAAUCGUGGACUUGUGAAAAUGAUAUUCACCACUGCAACUGUGGAUCUUGUGUAUGCGAUAAGGCACUCUAUUCCAGCAUGUAAGCCUCUGCAACUAUACCAUGUUCAAGAGAUCUAUUGUCUUCCAUUAUUUUAUAAGUUGGAACUGUACUCAUUCUGUCCCAGUAGUCUUGGUUGGUGCACUGGCAAACAGAAGCUGGCAAAUACCUCCACAGAGCCGAGCAAUAAACUACAGAGUUCAGCGAUACAACCACUAGCUUCAUUGGAUCCUAUAAGGGACAAUGUUUUUGGCUCUGAAAGAGACCUAGUCUAUCAUUCUUCCAAUAUUUUGACCGGAUCCAGUCUGUCUAAAGCCUAAAAAUGGAUAUAGCAAAUACACUUUAACCAUUGGUUUUGACAAUUUCACAGUUGCUCUGAAUACAUCAAUGCAACAUGUAUUGUUUGCUCACAGAAAUUCACAUUAUGCAACAGUACUUAAUUUGGAUAAAGUCUAGAUUUUGACUAUCCUAUUUCUUCUUAUUCAGUUGUUUGCUUACCUGUUUAGAAUUGUCUACCUUCAGCUAAGUUUCGACUCACAACAGAUGCGUUUGUGUUUUUUGGCAGAAUUUACUUUAACAAUCCAGAGUUCAUUGUUCUCUCCAUGAUUCCAAAUUGCCCUUAUGCAAACCAACCCAAAUGUCUAAAUCCUGCCAGUGUUCGUUUUAGUUGGGAUCGUGUAUUGAAUUUCUACAUUUAUUUAUUUUAUAUCUCAGUUGGUCCGCUUAUUCUUUCAGUUGCUACCUGGAUCAUAAAGUUCUUUGAGAUGCAGGCAAAGUCUAAUUUUUUUUAAAAUAUUUUUUUGGUUUUAAAUUUUUAUACAUUUCUAUAGAUAUUCUUCUAUGGUGUUCUGACCACCAAAGCCACACAUAUUCAUCCUCCUGAAUAUGAAUUACACUUCACGAUUCCCUUCAAAACUCUGCUCCCAUUUUUGUCUGAUGUUCACGACACAAUAUUUCUAAUAAAGAUAUGAAAAACAUGAUUUCUCUUUAAUCUUUCUCUGUGCAUGGUCAUGCCUUGGAUAAGAUUCGGACCCAUGUUAACAUUUCCAUUUCACAAAGUAGAGACGUAUGCGAAAGGAAGCAAACGGCUUAAUAGUGACUUUAAGUGGUUAAUGUCUCAAUUAAAUUUUGUCUUAUCCGUGAGCUUGGUUCAUAAGGCGACAUAAAAAAAAAAAUUGUGUAUAUAUACAGAUAACUUAGAAAUUAUUUGUAUUUUUCCUCUUCCCUCUCUUUCCCAGUAUGAUUUGGGUACACUAAAUUACAUUUUGCAAUGUUUGCAAGUACUAACAGACAUUUUAAGUAUGCCCUCUGUAUGCACUUAAAGGACCACUAUAGUGCCAGGAAAACAUACUUUUUCCUGGCACUAUAGUGCCCUGAAGGUGCCCCCACCCUUAGGGUCCCCCUCCCGCCGGGGUCUAGGGGGCGGAAGGGGUUAAACUCACCUUCAGCAUCAGGCGGGGAACUCUCCUCCUCCACAGCGAUGUCAUCGACUGCGCAUGCGCGUCAGGAGCCGCGCGCAUUCAGCCAGUCCAUAGGAAAGCAUUCUCAAUGUUUUCUUAUGGACGCUGGCGUCUUCUCACUGUGAAAAUCACCGUGAGAAGCGUGGAAGUGCCUCUAGCGGUUGUCAAUGAGACCGCCACUAGAGGCUGGAUUAACCCUAUUAUAAACAUAGCAGUUUCUCUGAAACUAUGUUUAUAGAAAAAAGGGUUAAACCUAGCUGGACCUGGCACCCAGACCACUUCAUUAAGCUGAAGUGGUCUGGGUGCCUAUAGUUGUCCUUUAAAGGAACUGUAUAGGUAAAAAAAUACAUAUCCUUCCCUCCCCCAACGUAAACCUAGUGUCAUUGAAUGCUUUUUUUUUUUUCUAAACCGUGCAAAAAUGAGCUUUAGAAGUACCUGUUUUAAUCUUUACUAUGAUCAAAUUCUCUGCUCCUCCUCUGAUUUCAUGUCAUAUCUCCCUGCUGCCUGUAUUUCAUCCAGACUGUCCACCAAUUGCCAUGCUCCAAUAACUCUCUAUAAGAAUCAGAUUCUUCUCAUGCAACAGUCAUUCGUCUAAUAUCUUUAUUUUAAAUUUUUAUUUUUGUCACUUUACCCCACUCCCUUUUUAGCAUGUAAGCUCAUUGAGCAGGGCCCUCAACCCAUAUGUUCCUGUGUGUCCAACUUGUCUGGUUACAACUACGUCUGUUCGUCCACCCACUGUAAACCGCUAUGGAAUUUGUUGGCACUAGAUAAAUAACAAUAAUAAUGGCACGCCUUACUGGGUGUGCCUGAGUUUCACUCUGCUCAGCACAUGCCCACAAUGCCUGCCCAAGCCUCCUCGGAAUCAGCAGCAUUCAGAUAUUAGAACUUACAAAUCUCAUCAUACACACAAACAUUUCCGCACUUCAUUAGGUAUCAUAUAGUGUCACCUACAGAGUGUCUCUCUCUCUCUCUCAUUUCUUACACUAGAUAAGACACUCCUCUAUUCUUAUUGGCUGUGAAAUGUAUGUUUGUUUCAGAGACAGGGAAUCAGGAACAUGUUGAAAUGUGAGAAGAGGGUGACUAAUGAGGCUGGGUUACACUGCUGAAAUCAGCAAAACAUUUUGCAGCACUGCAGGAAAACUAUACAGAAUUGAAAGAAGAGAAACUAACCGCAGGUAUUUUGAGCUUAUUGGCUUUAACUUAAGCCUAACUUGUUUAGCUGCCUGGCGUGUCCCUUUAAAUAUAGCUUGUGGUUUUUUUUAAACACAAAACCUUUUUAACACCUUUUUAUAGUAUUCUUUGAGUCCCAUGCCCCUCUGUCUUACUCUCUUCUUUAUUCACAAAUUGUUUUUUAUAAUGUGUAUCUUCAUAACAAUAAAAUAUCUUAAACACAAGUUAUUGUCUUUCUUAAAGAAUUGUGGGGGGUAACUUACACCCCACCCAGACAUUUUUAAGUGUUAUUUUGAGGUUUGUGUGUAUGUUCUAAGAUUACUCCUUUGACCAAUUUAAAGGGUAGUCUUCCAUGAGUUGGUCUCCUUGCCAAAAGUUGCUCAUACAUUGCUGUAGCUACAGGUCUGCCCCCUGGCUCUUAGACCACAAAAAAUGUAAUCUUUACGUUCUCAUUUUGCCAUCUGUGCCCAGUCCGCGCUGUCUACCGACGUGAAGAAAGUCUGAGCUGCUGUAGUGUGCGUGUGCACAGAUCACUGCACACAGCCUGUUUCACAAAAUUGUUAGCUAGUCUGUGCUUAUACUGACUGCAUCUACAUUAUGGUUGAUAUCCACUUACUAAGCAGUCCCAGUUAUCCUUUAUGAUCCGUGUGACAGUGUUUAGGCGUUUAAACUGCAAAUCCUUAACCAACACUGCUGCAUUUGUAGAAACCUGAAAUCACAUUAAUAGAUGUUCGGUUUACAAAUAUAAGGUAGUAACUGUAGCAUUUGCUGGCUGUUUAAUUGGUUGGUUUUUAAAGUAUUAAAAGGAAGGAGUUUCUUCUUGUGUUAAAAAGAGGAGAAAUAAGAAUAGUCCUGCUUCUUCCUGAAUACUCGGUUUAUAUACUUGUUGAAUACAUCAAGUCCAGAGAUUCUAUUUCUGUUGUCCACCAAGGACCGUUAUAAAAUGCAAUGUAUGGCAGUACAUGACACCAGUCAAGCUCUACCCCAUGAGGAAAAACAUUCUGACUUAUGUUGGAAGCUUUGUAAGCACAAAGACACUAAUUCUCUACAUGUGGUGGAAUUGUCCAAAAGUCUCCCCAUUCCUGCAUCUCCUCUAAGAUAUUUUUCAUAGACUGUUUUAUCUGGACCCAUUGGGCCUUUUUAUUCGCAAGGCCCAUAGAUGGUGUCUCUAAUCAAAACUAGAAAUUGAUGAAUAAGGCAGUAUUGGUCACCAGAUAAGCCGUAGCCACAAUACAGAAGAGACACAUGGUUCAGACAAUGCACAAGGUUGUUCGUAAAAUCAAAGAUGCCCAAAUAGUGCAUAAACGUACAGUAAAUACUACCAAAUCCUAUAACCGCGUGGAAGCCCUGGGAAGAUUCUUAGGUUAUACAUAUGGUUUUAUUUUUUUUUGCUUUUAUUUCUGAAUAUCUCUAACAAAGACCUCCCUGUUUUAAUCUUGACAAUGGCAUGAAUUACUCUCUCAUCCCACCUCCCUUCUCUUUUUACUCUCCACUUUAUUUUCGCUUUCGAUUAUAGUCCUGAUUUUAUAUUCCAAAAAUUGUCAUUCUGGAUGUGUAGCCUAGAUUCCAUUGUGUUUGCACUGGUUUUGUAGAUGCCUUACCACUAGGGAGUAGUACUUUUACAAUUAUAAUAAAUUAUAUAGUUUUAAUGCGCUUUGCGCCUCUGCUCACUCAAAGCAAACUCUCUCUUUAAAGGGACAUUAUAGGCACCUACACUACUACAACUCAUUAAAGUGAUCUGGGUGCAGUGUCCCAGGCCCCUUAACCCUGUUUUUUUUUUUUGGCCAAAUGCCUAAACUGGAGAUAUAAUCCAAGUGAAUUCUGUUUGUCUGGCCAUUUUGAUAUUAAAGGAAUACUAGAGGCACCCAGUCCAUUUCAUCUCAAUAAAGUGAUCUGGGUUCCAUUUCCCGGUUUGUUUAACCCUGCACUUUAAAACAAAACCGCAAUAUUUACAGCUGCAUGGAUAGCUUGCUUCUAGUGUUUGUCUUCGUGGCAGCCACUAGAGGUGCUUCCACCCCUUGAGAAGAGUUAGACUCUGCUAUUCAAUCGGAUGGUUUCAUAGAGACUAUGUGAUUGGCACACAUGCGCACUAGCCCUGUGGAAAACAUUGGGUUGAUUAAGGUCAUCUACACUGAUUAUCUCAGCCAAAGAGGUGGAGCACGAUUGCGAAGACAGGUGUGACUAGGGUUGACUGAUGAACAAUACCUUUCACACGGGUACACUUUAAUAGGUGUCAGGACGCUAUUGAGUUUGGAUUCCAUGUUUGUAUUCGUUACAUUGUAGUGUUCCUUUAAAUUAGAAAAACCCACCACAUAUACCACAUGUCCUAUCAUGACACCUAAAGAAUAUAACUGUGACUGUAAUGCAAUCACCUGAAAGAUGUACGUUACAUUGUUUGCAAUAAAAUACCAUUGAUGUACUUUAUAUCUUAUUGUUAUUGAUGAAAACUAAUAAAAGGAGAAUAAACAAAAAAAUUUGAAAAGCCAGGACUAAGUGAAUAAGCCUGCUAAUACAGUAUAUUUAGUUUGUUUUUUUACUCACAAGACUUCACAUUCACAGAAUUUGCUGAAUUCGCUCAUGUUGGAUUAAAUGAAACGAUUAAUAAAGGUGUUUAAAUAUCAUUCGGAGGUACUUGCUGUGAUCUUUGUCUGUACGUAGUGAAAAGUACUGGAUGUGUGGCCUGUAAAACAUAAUUCUCUUCCAAUUUGGUAUCGGCCUUCUUUACUGUCAUUGUUUUUAAAAACAAAACCUCAUGAAAUCUAACAUUAAAGUCGAAUUUUAAACUGCAAUCCAAUGCUACUAUCCAAAUUAACACUUUUAUCAUUUUUCUGACCAGUGAUCAAAAAGAUGAGCUAUGCAGUUUUAUCAGCCAGCACCAUUCUGUUCUAUAAGAUGCACUUCUAAAAUAUUCUGCUGUUUAGACUUCUGAAAUCCAGUGGCUUUUAAAUAUUUUUAAGCUUGUCACAGAAUAAUAUUUGUUCAUUGUCUACAUGUUAACUGCUGCUAACUAGCCAUUAAUAACAUCAACCUGGUCAGUGACUCCUUUCUGAAGGUUUGUAAGCAUUUUUUGGUGGAACACAAAAGGUUCCUUUGCCUCCUGUUAAGCAGACAAAUUUAAGUAAUCCCAAUCGCCCAGGAUGAAAUUUAUUGACACUCUAAUGGAGGUUUUUUUUUUUUCCUUUUCUAUUGAAUUGCGUAGCCAUUUGUUUUGCACAUAAACAAAAUAAACACAUUUGACAAGGAUUGGAAGCAGUAACACCAGAACAUGCAUAAAUGCUUCCUGUUUGAUUAAUAAAUUCAAAGUACAAAUAAGCGUUGGUUGCAUGAAUAUACCUUGACAAAAUGGAUGAUGCAACAAUAACUCACAUCUACUUUACCCACAAUGUCUGCUUUCAACAUUCUUAAAAGGACACUAUAAGGCAAAAAUGGCCCAUUGUUAUAAUUCAUUUUAUUUUACACUUAAUGCAAUUUUGUUUUGAAUCAAUAUACCAAUGUUACUUGCUGAAUUACUUUUUAAUGGGUCUGCCUGUAACAGUAUGCAGACCAUUUUUAUACCAGGUAGAAAAACUAAAUCUGUAAUUUCUUCGCUGCGGGGUCUAAUCUUCUCACAUAACCCCAUGCACAGCAGGUGCUCAUGGGAUCAUUUCCUCCUGAAACAGCAAUUCCAUUCAUCACAUAGAAUAAAAGGACCUGCUCUAAAACCUGAUGACUGCUAUAUUCGUUUACAAAUUGCUACACUUCUAAAAACUCAUAGAGCUGAGAGGUAUUUGGGGCUAAAUACAUCAUCUUGGCAUUGAUACAAAUCUGCGAUUGGUCUUUAUCAUCAUAAAUAGUAAUGCAACACCUUCACCUAUUAUCACUACCGCUGCCCAUAACCUUCAACAUGUAAUGUAAAUGCAGAGCCUGCAAAAUCGCCAUUUGUCAUCUCAAAAUGUAUAUCUAGUGAUUGUGUGGUUAACAGCUAUGACAAAAGAUAAACCUGCUUUUAAGUUGAAAGUGAUUUCUAACUUUGUGUCUUUGUGAAGGCAGAAGGCAAAUAAGACAUUCUUGGAUUGUUUAUCUUCGUUUUUCAUAACUUUGCCUAAACUGGAACUCUGACCUACGAGGAUUUAACCUUCUAAAAACAAAAUGUUUUUGUUUGAUGUGCAUAGAGUUGAUCUUUUCUACAUUUUAUAUUUUCAUUACUUUCUUUUCGGUUUUUCUACAGUGUGAAUAGACUAUACAGCGUCUGUUCUGCAGGUUCUUAUAAUGUUUAUCUUUUGGUCUGCUCUAUAGGUCUUAACGGAAUGAGUAACAGUAUAUGGGAGCACUUUGUAUCAGGCAGCUACUCUCCUGGGUCAUCCCCUGCAUUCUUGUCUGGCCCUGGCGGAGCUGAAUUAGUGAGGCUACGUCAGGAACUAGAAGAGGCUACAAACACCAUAAAACAGUGGGAAGACUCCUGGAAACAAGCAAAGCAGGUACUGAGACCCAUUCAGAUGCAUAAGUAACUGUGGAAUGGUUUGUCUUUCCACGACUGGAUAAUUUAAGAGCUGCGUUGUAGCUCAAAUUAAUGCUUUCUACCGGUGUACCCAAGCUAUAUAAACUAGAACAGGCCUUUAUGAUGCCCACAAUCAAGUACAAUUAAUUAAAAUUAACACCAAGAAUUAUGUUUUUGGUUUUAUAUGGAUUUUAGUGAUACUUAUUGUGUUUAUUUUUUUUAACCAGUUCUGACACACUAGGCUGUCUCAGGCCAUCUCAAAUUGUGCCACAAUCUCAUUGACCUUAGGAUUGUCAUAGGCUGAUGCAGUCCUUUAUAAUGUGUGUUUAUUAAGUGACUGCACUGAAACGCAGAUUCCCAUCAGCCAAUUUAGUAAAAAUCUAUUUGGCUUGAAAAAUGCAUAACUUUUUCUCUUAUGAAAGUGUGCCUUGGUCCAAAAAAGGUUGGGAACAGCUUUAGAUCAGUGAUCUAAUUGGCUUUAAACUUGAGUACCAACUUUUCUUUUAUUUUUUUUUCACAAACCAAAACACACAUAAGUGCCUGGACCAGCUUUCUGUCUGGCCCUAGAGUUCCCUUUCACUUUUGUUUUCUGUUCUAAUUUCCUCUUUAACCCCUUAGUGUGCUUUAAAACCUGUAGGGCGGCAUAGAAUGCCCAGCAAAGUUUGUGUGUGCAGGGUUAAAUUCAUGCUUUCACCCGGGAACCCCACGUGUCAUUGGAUCCCUGGGGCUCCCAUAUCUCUGCUGGAGCCAUUUUAAGUGGCUCCAGACUGACCAAUGAGCUUUGAACAGCGCUGGAAUUCAGCACUGCACAGAGCCCUUUUAAAUUCAUUCAUAAAACCGCUGCUGAGCAAUUGCACUCAGCUGCGGUUUUUGUGCGUGCUCAGUGUAGACCCUCCAGAGUCCCAGCCAAUAUGGACCAAUGCUGGGCCUUGCCAGCUUCCCAGCAUCAAUCUCUAUAAUCUGCUGGGAACAAGGCUUAUUCAGAAAUACACUUAGUGGCAACAUACCACCAUCUACUGUGUUAAAUACAGUAAACCUCGUUUCUAAUAUCAGAAUUGCUAUUGGCAGUGGGCUACAUUAGGGCUAGAUUAUGGGGUUAGAGAAGGGUAGGGUUACACUAAGUGUUGGUAUAGUGUUAGCGUUGACUAUCAAAAUAAUAAUUUAGAUCCUAAACAUAUUUGGUAUUUAACAAUCAUGAUUGAUAUAUGAAUCUUUUUUGAGUUAUUUUUAAUUAGUUGCACUGUAUGUGUAAAAAUUUAUAUGUAAAAAUAGGAACUUUUAUUUUAAUUUUUUACAUUUUUAUAGGAUAUUAAACGAAAGCCCGUUCUGUCCUUUAAAGAAAAAAAUAUCUAAAUGGGGGCACUUGAAAAGAAACCAUUGAAUUAAGUUGAAGCAAACCUAUGGCUUAAUUUCUAGGUUGUUUUGCUUCAGAACGUGGACAAUUGCUUCCAUCCUUAAGGGGUUAUCUCCUUCCAUCUCUUCCUCACAAAGUUCCUUCUAGUUCUUUCAUUAUUUUCUCUGCAUCCUUCUAUUUUCAUAACCUUCUCCCACAUCCUCUCAGUAAUCUCUUCCAUUUCCUAUAUUAGACCUUUUCUCUACCACUAUCACAGAACCUUCCACUGCUACACAGUACUCACCAUAAGCUUCUACUUUGUCACAAUCGCUCCUGCUUUAUCUACUCUACUUUAGUAUAGCUGAUUCUCAUCCCAGUAAUCUGUAACUGCACAUCAUCUUCCUCGUCCAUACCACCUGCCUCCAUCCUGUUUCUGCUUUUCCCUUCUCAAUAUCUCUCCACUCCCAUUUCCAUAUCUGGUCUCCCUUACUCUCUGCCGUGAAAUAAUUUGCUUGUACGUGAAACUUUAAACCAGUAAAUUGUUCCUUGUAAUGCCUUGGAUUUUCUUUUUGGGGUAUCUCCACUUCUAGAACACUGCCUGUUGUGAGUCUAAAUCUGCACAGUAUACAUGGGCUCUAUUUAUGUAAAAACUGAUUGGAGAACAGGACCAUAUGUAAACUGUUUCAUACAUGUAAACACAAGCUUCAUUCUUGACUUGAUCUGAAAAUCUGUUGCUGCUGCAUGCAUAUUUAUUCACUCGUUGUUGUUUGGACUCAGGCGUGUGAUGCCUGGAAGAAAGAAGCCGAAGAAGCCAACGAGCGAGCCACAACAGCCAGCAUAGAGUGUGAACUCGCCCGAGAGCAAAGAGAUGCCCUGGAGCUACAGCUGAAAAAGUUACAGGAAGAGUUGGAACAGAGGAUAACGGGCGCACAGGACUCAAAGCUUCACGGCUCCAUAUCAGAACUAGAGGGCCUCCCUCUUAGUAGUCUCUAUAGCAUCCAGAAGCAGCUACAUGCCAGCCUGGAAAGAGUCGACAAGGUCAGGCUAAGGGGUAGGAUCAUGGCCACAUAUUCCACCAGUCUUCUUCUUAUGGUUUUCAUGCUGUUUGCUGGUUUAUUUCUUGGGAUCAAUUCUUCAUCUGUACAUUUUGCAUCUGCUUUCCGUGUCUGACUUAAAGACCCCUUACAUGUCAUGUACCUUCUGAAUAUGUAACCCCAGACUUCCUCUGUCCUGCUUUGGUUUUUUUUUUUAUUAUAAACCCUUGGAUUAUAUAAAUUAAAUAUAUUACAUACCUGCAGAUUCCAGUCUCAUUUUAAAGUCCACAAUCUUCCUCUUGCAUGGGUUUCCAUUCUUUUGACCCUUUCUUCUUUUGACUAUGAAUAUUCUUGUACUCACACGGAACCUUUUUCUUUCUUCUUUUUGUAGGCAGUAUUCCAGCUCCAGUCAGUGAAAUGCUCUAAGUGUCAAGAACAGAAUAGAACACUGUUACAGUGCCAACAUGCUAUGCUUUGUGAAGUGUGUGCAACAGAUUGCCCGGCCUGUCAGCCCAGCAUAGCACCGAUCAUGCAGCCGUGACCUCUGCUUGCCUGGACCCAGGCUUCUCGAAACUCCAUUUUUUUUAUACACUUAUAUAAAUAUAUAUAUAUUCAUACAAUGGAAUACUAGUGACGCUGAGCACUUUUAAACAAGACUGUUUUUCAUUCCUUUGGAACUUGCAUCAAAAGCCUACAUUUUGUUGUUGUGUUUUUUGUUUGGAAAUUUUUUUUUUUUUUUUUUUAAAGCAAGGAGACUGAAUUUAGAACCUGUCCUAAUGAGGUACAGCUAAAAUUUUCUAUUUCAAUAUGAUCUGUAACUGGACCACUCUGUGACAUCGUUUUUUUACAAAGCCAGCCGCGCCUUGAUGACAUCUUGGAAAGUGUCCAAGGUUAUAUUAAUUCAUAGGAAGUCUCAAUUUUAUACGUUCCAAUGAAAGCGUGUUUCUAAUUGAUAUGUACACCGGCGCACAGCUUUCAGUCUGGAGAAGCAGUCCAUUGGUCGUCUUAAAAAAUCAUCAAGUGUACCAUUGUUAGUGCUUGCAGAACCCAAGGGACUAAAUGUAAUUUUGAAAAUCAACAAUAUCCAGAAAUAGCUUUGCUCUUGCCAUCAUUUGACUUUUUAUGGUCUGGUAGAAUGUCAGAAAUCUUUCAAAGUCCAAUUAAACAAAAUGAUUGUUUAUUCAUUUUCUUUCCAGAACGAUACAGUAACCACAAAAAGUAAUCAUUUCAGUAUUUGUCUGUGAAUUUUUUUUUUUCUUAUUAGCCCACCAAAUCACCUCUCUUAUCUCAUAUCUGUUUUGCUUUAUUAAUAUCGAUAGAAAGGAAUAACCAUGUUUAUCUGCAGUUGUGCAUAUUCAGUCUGGUUAACAAAUUAUAUUGGUAACUGUCCGAUUUGUGUGCGUAUGUAUUGUAUCCUAGUGGAAAUGUUUUCUGUUUAGAUAAAUCUGUAGCUGUAAGUGGCCCUGUGAUUAACGAGGGGUGGUGAGGAUGUAUGUGUGAAAGGAGGAGAGCUUAUGUGCAUUGCUGUGAAAGAUUGAAAUUCUGUUUUGUAUAGUAUUAAGGGGUUUGAGACUGUGCAGAAAAGUGGCAAGGAAUACCCAGUGUGUGUAAACCUCUAUCAAACCGCUCCAGCCACUUUCUUUAAAGGAGUAGUCUAAACAGCAUAACUUAAUGCCAUUGUCAAAGGAUGCUCUCAGCCUGACCAUAUCUUGCCAAAAUUGCUAUUGCAUAAGUUGAACUUAUUUGCCUUUCUAAUUGUUUUCUGCUUACUUCCUCUCUCCAAAUCUGUUAUUUUCUUUAUUUCUUAUCUAGUUUUCAUUAAAACAUAAGAAAAAGUAGGGACUACUUUGUUGUAUUUUCUACACUUGACUUUCUUUGACCAAAGAAUGAGCUUAAGUCCGCUCCAUUUCCGGUGUCAAAAAGGAGGGUGAAUAUCAUGGGGAAAGUUUUUUUUUUUUUUUUAUAUUUUAUUUUAUUUAUUUAUUAUUUUUUUUUGACACCGGUAAUGGAGCUGGCUUAAGUUCCUCCUUUGGUCAAAGAAAGUAAAGUGUAGGAAAAAUAAAAAACGACAAAGUAGGGACUACUUUAUCGUGUCUUAAAGAAAACUAGAUCCGAAAUGAAGAAAAGAACAGGUUCUGAGAGAGGAAGAGAAGAGGAAACAUUAGGAGAAAGGUAAGUUUGUGAUGACAGUGUUUUAAGCAUUACCAAUAGGCAAGACUGGCGUCAGGCUACAUGUGCUUCUGGGACUUCUGGUUUGGAUCAAACUAAUUAAAUGUCUUGACCCAGAAUAAGGGGAUGGCAUCGGCAGCUAAAAGCACCAUUAACACUACAUUGGCAUUCAAUGGUUAUGUUGCCUAGAUUGCCCCUUUAAGGUAAACUGCUUAAUUAUUUUGGACCAAAUUGCUUUACACAUAAGGAAAGCCUCAAAAUGAAUCUUUUAUCUGGUUCUCUGCUUGCAUUCGUUUAUAGAAGCAAUGUGUUGUUGAGGCCUAUUAUACGUGGAGUUCUGCUUUUUACAGAAUGUUUUGUAUCAAAUUACCAAAUAUCUAUAUAUUAGACUUUUUGUCACUCAUAACAGUAUUUAUACCAGGAAUGUAGAGCAUUACAAAUGAAAUCUGUAUUUUGUGAUAUGAAUAAAUUGCAAACAAAUUUUUAGAUCGAAAACAAAUGGGUAAAAUAACAAUGUUUUAGUCCUCCAGUCGAAACCUCUACAUGGAUUUAAAAACUACAUAUGAGGGAUGAGGCAAAUAUAGUAAAUAUACUUUUUAAUUUUGAUAAACUGAUUUUCUUGUAUUUCUGGCGGAACGAUACAGAUUUUCUUUCCCUUUGCUUUACAGUCACACUUGCAAGUUUUGGUAAGAAUGAUUUUCAGGUUUCUAAUUUCAGACACUGAAACGCAAUGAGGUUCAAGAACAUAAGUGGUGAUCAGUUUGUUUUGGUUUUGUUUUUUGUUUUUUUUAAAUAAAUGAUACAUUCCCAAACUGUAGCAUUGUGCCCAAUUUCUAGGUUGUAUUGUUGAAUUUAGCAGACCGGAUAACUUUGUUUGCCUUGUGUCCCUGCCCCUUAAAUCUUGUAUUUUGUGUUUUUUUGUUUGUUUUUUUUUUUUCCUGCUUUUCAUUAGAAUUUUUUAAAUAUAUAUUAUAUAAACUAUUACUAUUUUAUUUUUUUUCUAUUAAGCUCACUGCAAAACCGCAUUUGAACAGGCUUGUACUGAAAUCUAAACAUGUGAAUUUUCCUUUUUUUUUUUUUUUUUUUUUACUAUAAAAUCUAUGUGGAUUAAUAAAAAAUAAAAAUCUUGAAUUGGUU